UACCCCGGAACUAUUUCUAUUUCUUCUCGCACGGUGCAUGGUAAGGAGAGAGAGUUCAUCGUUGAUCUUAAGAUAGUUAACAACAUUGCAAUCAGAAUAUUGCGGUCGUUGAGCGUGAGAUAAAGUGUGUAGGCAAAAAUCUUCUAGUUUAUAGCUUCCUUUAAUCGAUAUUUCCUUGAAAAUUAAUAAAAAAAAAUAAAUAAUAAUAAUAAGCGUAGUAAAACAACAAAUAAAUCAAUAAACAUAACAAUAAUCAACAAACAAUGAAAUCCAUUGGAGCUUCUCCCGAAAUAAUAUUAAACCAAAAAGAUACUAGUUCUGAACAUUCUAAAAGUGUUUAGUAUAGUGUUAUAAAAAGUUCUAUCCAAACUAGCUUCCUAUCCGUAAGAUAUCACGUCCUAAACAAAUUUGUGUCAAAUAAUGUGUCAAUCAAGUGAAGCAACAACCUCUUAGGCCACUGAUACCCUACCACAUAUCAAAAGUAAUAAAAAUACUAAAUACCAUGCAUAAUUCGUUGAACACUUCUGUGAAUAGAUACACAAUCUUUUAGUUUAGAAAUCAAUAAAAUCAGAUAUAUUUUCAGUGCUAUUAUGAAUACCGGAGAUGAAACAAAAGUAAACACGUAGCAGAAGAGCAAUCCAAUUUGACAGUGUAACAAUUAAUUAAAUAAAUUAUGAAAAUAAUAAUUAAAAACUACAAAAAAUAAGGAAAAAUAAAAAAAUAAUUUUUAAAAAAAAAAGCCAGUACUUGAACGGAGAGAAAAACCGAUGAUAAGUAUGAUUUUCAAAAGAUCACGGAAUGAAACGACCAUACGAACAUACUGAAGAACAAUAUUCAGAUGAACAUCACCAGUUGCAGAAACAACAACAACAACAACAACAACAAAGUCACGAUUCUCACUAUCAUCAUCGAUAUCAUCAAGAUCAACACCACCACCACCACCGCCAUCACUCUCUUCAAACCGCUCAACCGUUACUCACCAAUUUCAAUCUAUAUUCAACAUUUCAACAAUACUAUCAACAAAAUCUUCGAUAUCAUCAACAAUCCCAGGCACCCUUUUACUUGCCCGACUUCACCACAAAACAACUUGAAAUCACAUUACAACAAAUCCAGGAGCAACUCCAAUUGAAUUUGCUGCAACAAGCGCAUAUCAUAAAACAACAAAAAUUUCACCAGUACGACGAUAGUGAAAUACAACAACAACAACAACAACAACAAAACAAAUUCUACAAACAGCCUCCCGCGAAACAACCCGAGCAACAACAACUCGUAAAACAGGAGAAGAAUCCUUACAAUCCCGAAACAUCACCACUCAGUCAACUUUGUUUUGCGAAAAUUAAACGAGAAAUUGAUAGUGUUGAUGAAAGCGAAGUUGAUGAAACAAUUCGCACUUGUUCAACAACAUUAGAUACAAAUUAUAAAAAUUCAGACGAGAGAGAUACCCCCAGUAGAUAUCCUGAAAACGAUACCGACAUCGGUGGUGAAGGUGGGGCAGAUGAUGAUGCCGAUGAGUUUUCAAGGGAUUUCAACUUGACCAAAACGACAUUUGCCAAGUCAUCAUCGCUGAACAAUGAGUCUUUAAUGACAAAUCCAUCCAUUUCGCUCAUUGAUCAGAAACAAUUAGAAAAAUUCAAUGAUUCACCAUCUCACCAUCAACUAUUCAACGAUGAGAAUGAGGAUGAUGAAAAUAUCGGUGAUUCGAAAUUGAAAUCCUUCCAGCAGCGUUGUUUUCACCACAACAACAACAAAAACAAUACGACAAGAAGUCAAUACUUUAGGAUUUUUGGAAAAUCUGAAGAUUACAAAAUCUCAACAAUGCAACUGCAGCAUCAGUUGAGCAUUCAACAACAAGAAUUGAUUCAGCAAUUGCAGCUAGUGCAACGUCAAUAUCUAAUGCAUCAGGGCAUGUCCUUACAGCAGGCGCAACAUCAGUCUGCUAUAGCCGCGGCUGGAUUCAUGAAAUCUCCUCUGCAUAAUCUAGAAUUUCACGCGAAGAUAGUCUCACCAUUGCAACAACACUAUAACCAGUCAAGCCAUCAACAAUCCCCCCAAACACCACAACAAUCGCGAAGUCAUCAGCUAUCAAAUAGCAGCAAUGGUGCAGCAGAAGGAACUGAUCCUGAUUUACGGCAGCACCACAACCAUCACCAAUCGUCUUCACCAAACAAUUCAUCACAAUCAUCAAUUUCGGUUGCGACAAAUUCAAUAGGAACUUGCGGGAAUGGUAUUUCAACUGCAUCAGAGUUGAUAUCAACUGCUGAACAUUCCAGCGAGUAUAAUCAUCAACAACGUCAACAACAAUCACAUAACAACCAUAUUCACCAACAAAACCAUCCCAGUCACCAUCCUACGUGCAAUAUGAGCUGCACAUCUUGCUCAUACGAUCAAACAAUUGGUAGUUCACCAAACUUAGAUCAACAACAUCAUCAACAUCAUCGACAACAACAACAACAGGACGCAACGUUUAAUGAGAAGAAUGAUAACAGUAACGGUAGUAAAUUUGAAUCUAGUGGUGCUAUAAUUAAUUUAGUUGGCGGUGGUGCAGGGAAUAAUAGUACUGAAGAAGGGGGCGGUACUGGUGGUAGUCGUGAAGAUGGUGGUGGCGGUGGUGAUUCAAUAAUGAGCCUGAAUAGUUCUUACGAUGAUUAUACGAAUGCUGAGAAAUAUUAUCAUCCCCUUUAUGCUCAUGGAAUGUGCCGAUGGCCUGGCUGUGAAUUAGUUUUAGAUGAUGUCUCGGCCUUUAUCAAGCACUUAAAUUCCGAACACAAUUUAGAUGACCGUUCAACGGCCCAAGCACGAGUCCAAAUGCAGGUUGUAUCACAGCUUGAGAUACAUUUACAAAAGGAACGAGAUCGAUUACAAGCCAUGAUGCAUCAUUUGUAUUUAACUAAGCAAUUUUCACCGGAUAAGAAAGACUGUAAUAAUAGUAGUAAAGAUAAUGAUAGCAAUAGCACUGCAUGUGGCAGUAAUACUGGUAGUGGUGCUAGUGGGAAUAAUAACGGUGGAAAUGUUGGCGGUAUUCCACCAUAUAUACUAUGUCCACCCAAUAUAAAUUUACCGAAUCCUAUAAUGCCUGUAUCGAUUCGUUCGCCAAUUUUGAAUAAUCCGAACAUAUCAUCAACGAUUAGGAAACGUAUUAGUGAUAAAACACCACUUUCACUGGCAGGUGGUCUUCCCUAUAUGCUAGAGCGAGCUGGUUUAGAUGUACAGCAAGAGAUACAACGAAAUCGUGAAUUUUAUAAGAACGCAGAUGUGCGACCUCCUUUCACCUAUGCAUCACUUAUAAGACAAUCCAUCAUAGAAUCACCCGAUAAACAAUUGACACUAAAUGAAAUCUAUAAUUGGUUUCAAAAUACAUUUUGUUACUUUCGUCGAAACGCAGCAACAUGGAAGAAUGCGAUUCGAACAAAUUUAUCAUUGCAUAAAUGUUUUGUACGCUACGAAGAUGAUUUUGGAUCAUUUUGGAUGGUUGAUGAUAAUGAAUUUGUAAAAAGGCGUCAUUUAUCACGAGGACGACCACGAAAAUAUGAGCCUUCCACUUCGCCUACAUCAUCGUCUCAACAUAAUAAUGGAGGUGGUGGUGGUGGUGGUGGUUGUGGUGCAAGUGGUAAUAAUUCUGGUAAUGGAGGCAGUAAUAAUGGUACACGCAAUAAUAAUUGUGGGAAUAGCGGAGCAAAUUCUUUGAUAGGAUCAAAUGCAACAUCAAAUUGUAACAAUGGAUCAACUAAUGGAAACAAUGGUGGUAGUGGUGGUGGUGGUACUAAUGCCAUGAAUUGUGGAAAUGGUAAUGGAAGUGGUAAUAAUGGAACAUCGUAUUUAUCAUGCAAUUUUCAAACACAAAAUGUUGCGCAGGGUCCAAUGUCGAAUUCAUCAACAUUUACAAAUGAUAAUUGUGGACCAAGUUUACAGAAUAUGUGGUCGUGCCCACCGGUAUCACUUGAAGAAGCUGCUUUGUCAGCAAGUGGUUUAUUCAUGCGCCAUCAUCAUCAACAGCAACAUCAUGGAAAACACAACAAUCAUCAUCACCACCACCACCACCAUCAUCAACAACAACUACAGCAGAGUCAUGAAUCAAGUUUUAGAUUAUCAUCGUCAUCCUCUUCAAUGGAUCGAUCACCAACGAAUUCUGUACCAAUGGAUAGUAGUGAUAUACGACUGAUGGUAUCAAAUUGCGUUGGUAAUGUUACACCAUCUCAACAACCACAACAUUGCUCUCAAUAUUUAUCAGUUAAUGAUAAAAUAAUGUUGGAAAAUUUGGAUAGAAAGUGUCGAAACAUAACAUCAUCUGAAAUGGUGCUGGGUCAACAAUUACAACAACAACAGCAACAAUCAAAUAAUGUUAACGUGAACAGUAACGGCAGUAAUAGUAGCAACCAGAUAAAUCCUAAUAAUAACAACAAUACCAGCAAUAAUAAUAACAAUAUUCUGGAUAUUAAAUCAGGACCAGAAGAUUUGUCCGUAGCAGCAUCAUCGACAGAAUCUCCAGUCGCACCAAUAGAUAAUUAACGUUUUGGCACACCCCCCCCUCCAAACAUAAUGAUGCAAACGAAUAAAAGAAACCGAAACCAAAAAAUUCGUCUUCAGUUUUAUAAGCUAGAUUUUAUGUAUUAUUUGAAAUUGAAACCAUCAUGGAUAGAAAUUUUCCUUUGAGAAAUAAAUGAGCUGAAAAAACCUA